AUGGCAAUUUCCACCUACUCUGUGCCUGUUGUUUCUUUCAAUUCUUUCUCGUCCUCCCCCUCCUCUUCUUUGCCAUGUCCUUCUCUGAGUUCUUCGAGUGCCCGUUACCGUGGUUUGAUGGUGAGUAAUCGGCGCUUACAUGGGCGAUUGGUUGUUAACUGCUCAUCUUCUGAAAUGGGUUCCAGUUCUGACUCUGCGAACGGAAGGCAUACUCAAAUGCCAUCUAUGGCUCCCUAUGGGGUAACAAUGAAUGGAAAUGGCUUGUCUGGGCCAUCUUAUAAAUGGCAAAGGGUCUUACUUAAAGUAAGCGGAGAAGCACUUGCUGGAGAUCGCACGCAGAAUAUUGACCCAAAGGUAACAAUGGAAAUUGCAAGAGAGGUUGCAUCGGUGACUCGCCUUGGCGUUGAGGUUGCCAUUGUGGUUGGUGGGGGAAAUAUCUUCCGCGGAUCUUCAUGGGCGGGAAGCAGCGGUCUUGACCGGUCAUCUGCUGAUUACAUUGGGAUGUUGGCAACUGUCAUGAAUUCAAUAUUUCUUCAAGCAACAAUGGAAAGUAUCGGCAUCCCUACUCGAGUGCAGACUGCAUUUCGUAUGUCUGAGGUUGCAGAGCCUUAUAUACGUCGAAGGGCUGUGAGGCAUUUGGAGAAAGGGAGGGUAGUGAUCUUUGCAGCAGGAACUGGAAAUCCAUUCUUUACCACAGAUACUGCUGCAGCACUUCGUGGUGCAGAAAUCAAUGCAGAGGUUGUGCUGAAAGCUACAAAUGUUGAUGGGGUUUAUGACGAUAAUCCAAGGUGUAACCCAAAUGCCCGUCUUCUUGAUAAUCUAACAUAUCAGGAGGUGAUGUCGAAAGAUCUUUCGGUGAUGGACAUGACUGCCAUUACUUUAUGCCAGGAAAACAACAUUCCCGUUGUUGUGUUCAAUCUAAACAAACCGGGUAACAUCUCAAAAGCCAUAAAGGGAGAGAAGGUUGGCACAUUGAUCGGAGCAACACAGAAUUCUACUGUGACGACGUGA